AGGAGCUCCAUCAAGGCAGCGUGCAACCGAUUAGUGACCCUAGCGUUGCGCGAGUCGGGCGGUCAAACAGAAUCACAGAUGGAUCUGGGACCUGUGGCUUCACUGCGACUCCUCUUCAGGCUGUUUAUGACUGCUACCACAGUGUCAGCACUUAACCUGGAAGGAGAACUGUUCAAGGAUCUAAUGAAGGGCUACAACAAGAAUGUUCGGCCCAUGCACAAGAGCGGAGAUGUCACCCAGGUGGACAUCAAGAUGACACUCACCAACCUCAUCUCACUGAAUGAAAAGGAGGAAGCCCUGACAACCAGCGUCUGGAUAGAAAUGCAAUGGUGCGACUACAGGCUACGAUGGGACGAGCCACCGAGGUCAGCGCUGUAUAAGAACAUCACAUCAGAGCUGCGUGUUCCCUCCAAGAGCAUCUGGCUGCCGGACAUCAUUCUGGAGAACAAUGUGGACGGGCAGUUUGAAGUGGCACUUUACUGCAACGCUCUGGUGUCUCCCAACGGCUGUGUCUACUGGCUUCCUCCCGCAAUUUACCGCAGCGCAUGUGCGAUCACUGUCAACUACUUUCCCUUCGACUGGCAGAACUGCACCAUGAAGUUCCGCUCGCAAACGUACAGCGCCAAUGAAAUCGAGAUGGUUCUCAAAGAGGAGGAUAACCAGAUUCUGGAGUGGGUGGACAUCGACCCUGAGGCCUUCACAGAGAACGGAGAGUGGGUCAUCAAACACAGGCCAGCGAAGAAGGUGAUCAACACGCAGUACACCAAGGACGACCUGGAGUACCAGGAGGUGGUGUUCUUCCUCAUCAUCCAGAGGAAGCCUCUUUUCUACAUCAUCAACAUCAUCGUCCCCUGUGUGCUCUUCUCCUCCCUCGGGCUCCUGGUUUACUACCUACCAGCCAAAGCUGGAGGUCAGAAGUGCACGAUGUCCAUAGUCAAUCUCUUGGGUCAGACUGUGUUCCUGCUGCUCAUCGCUAAGAAGGUCCCGGAGACCUCGAACGCGGUGCCUCUGAUCGGAAAGUACCUGAUGUUCGUGAUGUCCGUCACCACCAUGGUGGUGAUGAACUGCGUGAUUGUUCUGAACGUGUCUCUGCGGACGCCCAACACUCACAGGAUGACUGACAGCGUCCGAAAGAUCCUUCUCAACAUCCUGCCCCGGCUGCUCCGGAUGCAGAUCAAGCCGUCCUCGCCGGGGGACGACAGAACCCUACACAAGGGUCAUGCCAACGGCGUGUCUCUGGUUCCGUGCCACCGACGCCGCAGCUCCAUGACCCUCAUCAGCAAGGCAGAGGAGUACGUGGUUAAAACGGCUCGCACUGAGCUCAUGUUCGCCCGGCUGAAAGAGCGGGACGGCCUGAUGAAAUCCGUGUUGGACAAGAUACAUGAGGGACUGGCCGGUGGAACAGCUGAGCAGCUCACCGCCAGCCUGGCCAAGGCCUCGCCGGAGCUGAGGCAGUGUGUGGCGUCCUGUAAGCACAUCGCCGAAACUGCUCGGCAACAGAACAACUUCCAAAACGAGAAUGAGGAGUGGUUCCUGGUGGCGCGGGUGAUUGACAGGGCCUGCUUCAUCGCCAUGUCGCUGGUAUUCAUCAUCGGCACCGUGGGGAUUUUCCUGAUGGGUCAUUUCAACCAGCCUCCCUCAUCUCCCUUCUUUGGUGACCCCAAAAAAUAUCUUCCCUUUGUAAGCAACGCCACAGAGAUCCAGCGUUCCUGA